AAAUGGAACUUCAUUCUAAAUACCAAGCCGUUCUUGUUUGUGUGAUGCUGCUCUUCCCUGUGCUGUGCAUCUCUCAAGACUUCACAACCUCCAGAGCUACCUACUAUGGUAGUCCUGAUAGCUAUGGAAAUCCAAGGGGAGCUUGUGGGUAUGGCGAAUAUGGAAGGACUGUGAAUGAUGGGAGCGUAGCAGGCGUAUCUGGACUUUGGAAGAAAGGCUCUGGAUGUGGUGCUUGCUACCGAGUAAGGUGUAGGGAUGCACAAUACUGCGAUGAAUACGGAUCGCUGGUAGUGGCAACAGACUACGGUGAAGGAGACAGAACUGACUUCGUGAUGAGUCCACGCGGUUACUCGAGAUUAGGACGAAAUCCAGAAUCAUCGGCGGAACUGUUCAAAUACGGCGUCGUAGCGGUGGAAUACACGAGGGUCACCUGCACAUUUGCUGGCGCCAACCCGCUCAUCAGAAUCCACGAGUCCAGCAAAUACCCAGACUACCUUGCUCUCGUCGUUCUCUACAUGCCCGGCCAAUUCGAUAUCGUCUCCAUGGAGAUAUAUCAGGUUGACCGAAAUGAAUGGAGGACGAUGAGGAGAGCGUUUGGAGCGGUGUUUGACAUAAUUGACGCACCACAUCAAGCAAUUAUCGUGAGGCUGCAGCUCGUUGGGACGGCAGGGCGCUACUGGGCAGAGUCCAAGAGGGCUAUUCCAAGUGAUUGGAAGAUUGGAGCUUCUUAUGACACCCAACUAAACAUAGAUUAAUUCCUGGAAGGCUCAAGAAUGCAAGCUAUUAGUGCUUUGUUCGCUGGAAUACAAUUGCAGGGAUUCCUGAGAGAGAAGUAAUAUUAAUAUAAUGAAUAAAGAAACCUGUUGGUCCCAAUGUGCUAAUGGAAGAUGAUCACUAUCCUUUUCUUUUC